AUGUCUAUGCGAUUUCAGCGUAACUUGUUGCAUGGCAACAAAAGUGUCGAUUUUUAUGUCUGGAUGGCAUCAAUCAGCAACGCGAUGGCGUCGCCUGCGUUCAUCAAUCUUGGUGACGACCAGGCUGAAGCGAAGGAGCAUAUGCUGAGAUUAUAUUUUAGCUCAGAGUUCUAUAGCUUAGUGCAACGAGAUAUGCUACCAGGCAUGCAGGGCAACCACGUGUGGUUAGUCGCGAUGGCUACCCAGCAUGCGGGUGAAUGGCGGCACCUCACCAGAGAUACGUCACAUUCAGCAGUGGCGGUUUUCGCACGAGCUUUGCGAAAGGAUCCAGAGAUUACUUUUCAUGCGCUGGACGAACUAUUGACGUACAUGGCCCUUAGGGCAUCGCUCAAAGUAUUUUUAGCGGAGUCUCGCGAUGCGCAGACUGCGGCGGCAACAGAGAAGUUUUCUGCAGACAAUUUCGUGGCAUCUCUCAGGGAUACGAUGGUAGCCCAAAAUGAGAGCUUCUUAGGGGAACCAGGUGUUACCUUAUUGUCGCGUAAUGAUGUAGAAACUCGCAUUUCUGGUGCGGGGCUUGAGACAGCCCGAGAUCGCACGGCUGUGGUUUUGGCAGGGCAACGUGAUGGAGACUUGCUUACGCCUAAUGAUGGUGGACGGUCGGCGGCAUCAGAUGCUUCGGCAGAACCGGAACCACCUACUUUAUCGAGGCCAAUAGUGCGCUCGGAUCCUGCGGCAAUUCAGUCAGACUCUGGGGUGCCAGGAACAGCAACAGAGGAUGGAGAUGCCCCACAAACUGACGCUGAAAAGGCGCAAUGGGCGAAAUUUCAGCAGGACGAGGCAGUGCGGCAACAGGUGCAAAAGGAAGCACGUCGAGUGAUGGCGGAAGAAGCGUGUCGGUUCUAUGCAGAGCGUUUAGAGGCGGUGAGUACUUCGGAAUCUUCAGCUAAGGGCUCCACGACAGCGAGAUUGAGAUCACUAGAUGGGAUCCCUUUGACCUCUCGGGCGUCACGAGCCGUUGAUUUAGCGGUGCUUCGCCUGCCAACAGGCAUGCCUGAGAAGGUGUCUCGUUUCUGCAUGGUGCUGAGGAAUGGUUCCAACAAAGCUUAUGCUGCGCUCGCUAUGGUGAACGACAACAUAAGUAAGUUUUUGUUAGCGCAGGCUAUUGCUGAGCCUGCGCUAUUAGAGAAAGUUAAGUUCGAGGUGAAAGAACAGAUUGCGACUGUUGAAUUAUUGCUUUCUAUAUUUUUUAAGAACACGCAGCAUGUUCUCUCUGUGUCGGGUUUUUCUGAGCAAGGCCCGACACGCUUGCUUAGUUGGCACCAGCAGUCGUGGGCGCUUUAUGGUGCAUCUUUGUUCGAUUUUGGCAAGAUUGAGGACGGGGUUGGUACUAAAGUGAACGCCCGUAAGGGUAACCAGCAGCCGAAGCAACCGUAGAAUGGCAACAACCACCAGGCGGGUAAUGGUGACAACCAAGGAGGUUGUAAUGGCAAUGGGGGCAAAUCGCAGCUGAACUACUUUAUUCGCCAAGCUCGCCAGGAUCGUAAGAAGCAGGUGAAGGAACAACGUGACGGAAAUCGGCGUUCAACAUCCCGCUCUAGAUCCCCUCGGGAGCGUACACCCGAGAAUUAUCACUCUAAGGAUAAGAAUUGGCGUUAUUUUAAGCCCUGGAAACGACGGGGUCGUCAUUCAGAAUCGGAA